GUCGGGAGCUAGCGGCCGGGGAGCAGAAGUGUCGGCUUCGGCCGGUUGACAGCGGCCGCCCCUCCUCGUCCAGCCGGCAGCGCGACAGCCGGCACCCGCCGCCAACAUGAACCGGUUCCGCAAGUGGCUGUACAAGCCCAAGCGAUCAGACCCCCAGUUGCUUGCACAGUUCUACUACGCAGAUGAAGAACUAAAUCAGGUUGCAGCUGAACUGGAUAACUUAGAUGGACGCAAGGACCCACAACGGUGUACGCUGCUGGUCAACCAGUUCCGAUCUUGUCAGGAUAAUGUGUUAAAUAUAAUAAACCAGAUCAUGCAGGAAUGCAUUCCAAAUGAACGAGCAAAUAGGGAUUUCUGUGUGAAGUUUCCAGAGGAAAUACGGCAUGAUAAUCUGGGAGGACAGCUUUGGUUUGGAGCUGAGUGUUUAGCUGCUGGUUCAAUUAUCAUGAACCGUGAAAUAGAGAGCAUGGCAAUGCGACCUUUGGCCAAAGAUUUAACCCGCAGCCUAGAAGAAGUACGAAAUGUUAUCCGUGACCAGUGCCUGAGAGACUUGAAUGCCUAUACUGACAAAAUGAAGGAAUCCCUCAAACAAUUUGAUGGCUUGUUUGCAGAAUUUGAACUAUGUUAUGUGUCUGCCAUGGUACCUGUGAAAUCUCCUAAAGAGUAUUAUGUACAGCAGGAAGUCAUUGUUCUCUUCUGUGAAACAGUUGAAAGGGCCUUAAAGCUUGGAUACCUCACACAAGAUUUGAUUGAUGACUACGAGCCAGCAUUAAUGUUUACAAUUCCAAGACUAGCCAUUGUCUGUGGUUUAUUGGUUUUCCCUGAGGGGCCUUUGAAUUUAGAACGUAAGCCAGAAGAUAUGUCCGACCUAUUUCGACCAUUUCGUACUUUGCUGCAAAAAAUAAGGGACCUUCUGCAGACCUUAUCAGAAGAUGAACUGCACACACUUGAAAGAAAUCUCUGCAUAUCCCAGGAUGGUGAAUUUACAGUUGACCCCAAAAUAUGCUCUGCUAUCCCUCCAUCAGAAGUUCCUGAAAAACUUGUUCAAGAUCAACUUUGUGUAAAAGCUGAAAAUACAGAAGCUGAACUUGCUUGUUCCAUGCAAUAUGAUGAAGAGGAGCUGGAGCAGCUUAACUUAAUGGUUCACAGGGUAGGGGAUGAAAUGUCAUGUCUGCUCUCUCCACCAAGUGUGUGUCAGUCACCAGCUCACAAACCUGUGUUGAAACAUAUCUCCAAGCUGGGGAACUCCACAAAUUCAAACAUCCUUGAACUUUCUGGGGUAAGACAUGAAGCUGAAGAAGAAGAACGAGUAUUUUUCAUGGACGAUUUGGAUGGAGCAGGUGAGGACUUGGCUGGAACAGAUGAACCAGAAGAAACCUUUACUUGGAUUGGAGAUUCUUGCCCACCUAAUAAGGAGGAGACGCUGCCUCUCCACCAAGAGGAGAAAGACUCGCUGAGUAAUAGUAGUAGUGAGGAGACAGUACAAGCAACAGAGGUACUGCACAGACCAAGCAAUAAUGAUUCACUACCUCUGCAAGGGCAAGCCAGCCAAAAGGAAAGUGACACAUUGGAAAUUUGUUGUAAUUGUGUUGAUGCAGCUGAAUCCAGUUCUUACCUCAAUGGCUGGAAUGCAGGGACCGAUGAUAUACAACCCAGCGAAACUGCAGAAAAAAUAGCUCAUAGGACUGGUGGAAUGAAAAUUUCUGCAACUGUUAUCUUUAAUCCCAAAUCUCAGUGCACGUGUUGUUCCUCUGAAGCAGGGCAUGCAAUAAAUUGUGAUUCUGGCAGCUGCCCAGUUUCUUCAGAGGAGUUCUCAAAUCAAAGCAGUGCUGAUGUGGAAAAUGGAAUAAAUCUUUGUGUGCGCUGUACCGUUCCUCAAGAUAGUGGACUUGACAAUGGCUUUGUGGUUUCUAGGAACUCCGAGAUGUCUGACCAACAUAAAAUGAACUGUGCCUCAGCUUCACAGGACAAGAUAGGAAAUGAGAGCUCCAGUGGAUCAUGGACAGAUGGGGCUAUCAACAAACAGAAACAUACAAAUUCAAAAUGCAAGUGCCUGGCACAAUCCUCAGGAAAACACCCAGAAGGAGAGCAGCAAACAGAAAUGGACAUCUGUUGCCAACAGCAAAAGGUAGAAAAUAGGACACAGACAAAUAGGGAAAGGGAAAAUCUUGAAAUGCCUGUUGUGAAGAAUGAAUUGGAGGCCACUGACCCUUUGGAAGUCAAAAGAAUGGAGCAAAGUUUUCAAGAUCUCAUUCAAGAUUCCCCCAUCAGCUCCAUAUCCAGCAGUGACUGUGGGAGUGUGUCUGUCACAACCUGCAGUCUUUCCAGCACGUAUACUCCAAGUCCUGUUGGCAGUCUAACUACAAGUUCCUACACCUCUGAAGAUGUAGACCAAGAGGAGAUCCAGCUUGCACUUCUGGCUGCCAAGAUUACCACUAGAGAAAAGAUCCGGGCUCGUUUCCAUAGCAGCAGUGACCUUAUUCACAGACUUUUUGUGUGCAUCGCAGGUGUUGCUGACCAGUUGCAGACUAACUAUGCAAGUGACCUGCGAAGUAUCCUUAAAACGUUGUUUGAGGUCAUGGCAACCAAGCUAGAGUAUGAAAGCAGCAGAACAGAGAAGAAAGAUUUUGCCAGGAUACUGACUCACCAGCAGUUGGACCUUCCAGAUACAGGUGUAUUUUUACUGCAAUCAAUUGAAAUGCCUGGACUACACACAGGUGACCAGACAUUGAGAAGUCCUGUUCUUGAAGACUGUGCUUUGUGUCGAGAAAGCAUUUCUUCCACUGAACUUGAUGACAAGGCAAGAGAUGAAGACUUUGAAGAUCCUCCAGAAUGGGUGCCAGAUGAAGCCUGCAGCUACUGCACAGCGUGCAAGGCUCCAUUCACUGUGAUUCGAAGGAAGCAUCAUUGCAGGAGCUGUGGAAAGAUCUUCUGCUCACGUUGCUCUUCUCAUUCUGCUCCCUUACCUCGAUACGGUCAGAUGAAGCCGGUCCGAGUCUGCACACAUUGCUACAUGUUCCACGUGACCCCCUUCUACAGUGACAAAGCUGACAUCUGAUAUUGCUGAGUGGCCUCUCUGCUUCUGGCGCACUUCGAUUCUAUCUUCAUGGUCACAGCGGAUGUUGAAUGUCACUAAUUAGAUGAGCUGGCAUCAUUUUAUUUUUGGUUGGAAUGGAAAUUUGGAUGAGCCUUUCUAGACAAACAUACAAGUAGUAUAUCUGAAAGAAAUGUUAACUCCCAGUCAAAAUUUUUGUACUGUCUUUUCAAAUACGUUUUGAUAAUGAGCUGGUGUAAGGAGUAGCUGAGCUUCCAUGGCUGCUCUGCCAUGGGAUGAUCUUCCAUGGUUUCAUAUCAGAACUUAAGAACGUUGUAAACUGCAGGUGAGAAAAGGUUGCUUGGGGAGAGCUUUCUGGGUAUUCUGGGAUUAGAACAUUCCUAUUUCCUACAUUAAGGAUACUUUGUGUUGUAGGGAUCAUCAUCAAAUUGAGGCAGAAAUAAUUUGAAACUUUUACCAUACUACUUAAGCAAAGUUAAUCGUCUUUCCUGUUGGGUUGAUCUUGUUCUGACUGCUGUUCAGCAGAAACGCAUGUUGAAUAAGACCCGAAUCAUUUCCUCAAAACAUUCCUGUUGGGUUUGAUGGUUUAAGUUUAAGUAUCUUUUUUGUUUUGCUUGAUGUUCUCUUCUGUAUUUGACGAGACAGCUUGAUGUAACUAGGUGACCCCGGUAUUAACAUGGGGGUGUUGACCAGGCAUCACUCUGUAGUGCUAAUGUUGGAGGCUAGGUGGACCACGAGCCUCUCUAGAUGGCAACUAGUGCUUGCUGUCUGAAUAAUUUGAGUUAAGUAGCGUCAAAAGGUGUUUAUCUGCAUUGUAUACAUUUUCUUAAAUAGGAAACCAGCCUCUUGGUGUUUUGAAUUAUUGGUUCACAUGGCAUAAUCUUGAACCCUUAUGUAUCUAAACAAUUUGCAUUGCUUUUGAUAACUGGUACCAAAACCAUUUGAGUCUUAAUGUAGGAGGGUGGAGAUUUAGGGAAAUCCAUUAACUACUACUCCCUCCCCACAUAAUUCCUCCCACUCUGACGCAAAAAUAGGUCCAGUAAAACAAAUGAUGCUCAGGAGCAGCUUAAAUAUUAAGAGGAUUGAUCGUGGGAAACACUGUACAACAUUUGGUCAGUGACUUUUCCCAUCAGACCCUAUUGGAGCUCUUGUUCUGAUCUGAAUGUUAGUUUGCUCCACAUAUUAAAUUAACCACCCUCUAAAUUUAUUCUCUGAGCCAUUUCCAUUGCAAAGCAAAAAAGGAAAUAUGCAGUACUUGGCAUAAGACUCGCAUUGACUUGGCAACAAGAGAAUUUGUGGGAAUUAAUUACAAUUCAGCAAAGCAGUAAUCAGUUUACUAGUUAUAACAGAAAUAAUUGCACGAGUCCAACAGAUGUGAGGCUGAAAUGAUUUAUAGAAAGCACAUCAAAAUUUAAUGAUGUGAGAGGGACCAAAAAGUCUUGUACUUGAGAUAACAUUAUCAAUACUUUGUAAAGCCCUGAUGUUGGAAGAGAAUUUUAAUCUUUCCAAAAGCAUGUAACUCCUUUCCCAAAUCAUAUUUGGAUAAUCUUGGGUAUGUUUUAUAUUGGGUGGUGAGCAAACUUUUAUGAAUCAUAGACUUGCUGCAGUUAACUAAAUAAUGAUCUUGUCCAGGAUCUUUGGAAGGAGGAGGUGUGUGCGCUUCCAGAUUAAAUAUGUUUUUAUUUUAUUUCUAGCUAUUUCAUUUUUCUCCACUUCACUUUAAAAAUAGUCUGUUAUCCCAAAGUAACAGUUGAUAUUUUCCAUACUUCUGAUCUAGGCCAUGAGCAUUAUGAAAAUAUAUCUUCUUCAGAGAGUGCACAACACUCUCUGUGACGUUCAGAGUUUGAAAACAGUUCCCCAAAUUUCUUUGCAUUCCCUGUCGUUUUCGUUCCUUU